AUGAGCACCCGUCAGCUGUGCCGGCUCGUUGCCGCACGCCCUCUUGCCAAACCCAAUCACUCGAUUUGCACCUGCUAUCGGCACUAUAGUCAAGUGAGACCUGUGUAUGUUAUAUCAAAACCUGAAAAAUGGCGCAAUUCUGCCCCGCAUUUCUAUUCAGUCCAGUCCCUCGACAUGAGGGUGCGCGAAGGACCGCACAAGAACGCUGACGAUGUUUUAUUUGACAUGUUCAAGAAUGAAGACACGGGUCUCCUUCCCGUUGGAAAGUUUUUGGCCGCCCUGAGGACCACUGGCAUAAGGAAAAAUGAUAAUCGUGUAAAAGAAGUCAUGCAUAAUCUAUACAAGGUGCACAAAGAGUCCAACUUUGAAGGCGGUUCACCGGAGACAUUGAAACUAGACAGGAAGACCUUCAAAGAGGUGAUCGCACCUAACAUCGUCCUCAUCACGAGGGCGUUCCGCAGUCAAUUCGUAAUUCCAGACUUUCAAGAUUUUAUCAAAGACGUUGAAGAAAUGUACUGGGCUGCCAAAAGUAACACUGAUGGUAAAGUGGCCAGCUACAUCCCGCAGCUCGCUAGAGCCAGUUCUGAAACUGGGGUGUCAGCAUUUGUACUAUAGACGGUCAACGAUUUUCUAUCGGUGAUGUGACGGUCCCAUUCACUCUACAAUCGUGCAGCAAACCACUCACAUACGCGAUGGCACUUGAAACUCUAGGACCCGACGUGGUACACAAAUAUGUUGGCACGGAGCCCAGCGGCCGCAACUUCAAUGAACUCGUUCUGGAUUAUAACAUGAAGCCACAUAACCCGAUGAUAAACGCGGGAGCAAUUCUAGUAUGCUCAUUAUUGAAGACCUUGGACCGGCCCGAGAUGACUCUCGCUGAAAAGUUUGAUUACGUCAUGUCGUUCUUUAGUCGGCUCGCAGGCAACGAAAGCCUUGGUUUCAACAAUGCAGUAUUUUUAUCUGAACGCGAAGCUGCCGACAGAAACUAUGCACUUGGCUUCUACAUGCGAGAGCAUAAAUGUUAUCCGGAAAAGACUAAUUUCCGUGAAUGUAUGGACUUCUAUUUCCAGUGUUGCUCAAUGGAAGCCAACUGCGACAUCAUGUCUAUUAUGGCUGCUACUCUGGCCAAUGGUGGUAUCUGUCCCAUCACUGAUGAAAAGGUACUACGGCCCGACUCGGUACGCAACGUGCUUUCUCUGAUGCAUAGCUGUGGAAUGUACGACUACUCAGGACAGUUUGCAUUCAAAGUGGGACUUCCUGCAAAGUCUGGCGUAUCUGGUGCUAUGCUCAUAGUUGUCCCCAAUGUUAUGGGCAUUUGCACAUGGUCACCACCUUUGGACCCUCUGGGAAACAGUUGCCGAGGCUUGCAAUUCUGUGAUGACAUGAUUAAGAGGUUCAACUUCCACAAGUACGACAACAUUCGUUACGCCAGCCACAAGAAGGAUCCUCGUCGGUACAAGUUCGAGUCUGCGGGUCUCAACAUUGUCAACCUCUUGUUCUCGGCUGCUAGUGGUGAUCUUAGCGCUCUACGACGCCACCACCUCUCCGGUAUGGACAUGACUCUGUCGGACUACGACGGUCGCACUGCGCUACAUCUGGCAGCUGCCGAGGGUCACCUAUCCUGCGUAGACUUCCUGCUCGCUCAGUGCGGAGUCCCACACGACCCUCGCGAUCGCUGGGGCAGCCGACCACUUAACGAGGCCGAGACCUUCGGACACACCGCUGUCGUACAAUAUUUGAAGGAGUGGGAGCAGACGCACCCUACCGACAAAACCGUGGGCGCAGCUGCAGGCGCGUCGAUGUCGAUGACAUAUUGAAAGUUAAACCAGACGCAGAUGACGCCGUUAAAGACCCCAGCAUCCAGGAGAUUGUGUCCAGGAAUGGAGACAAAGUGCAAUAG